UGGUUCCACCGGUGUAGCUGUAACAAGACAAGGUAGGUCUAUAUAUCGUUGUAUGAUCUGUACUGGGAGAGCAGUACAUCAGAUUGGGUGUUUGGGGACUGCUGUAGAAUGAUGCAGCAGAGUAGCACCUGCUGGACUGGUGUUGGGACUGUGCAAAUAUCUUUUAGGUUCGCGUCCAGUUGGACAACAUUUGAUGGAAAUCUUCCCCUUUAGUAAACGACUCUAGAGGCAGAGUAGUGGAAAAGCAAAUGUUUAAAUUUACCUCGCAACUUAAAUGCGACCUCCAUAAAGAACUUAAUAACAUGAGAGAUUUUAUAUAAAUUAGGUUCUUCCAAAAAAGAAGGAAACUUAAGAAAUUAUAUCAAGUGAAAAAUAUUUAUGUGAAAGCCAGGCGAUAGUGCUGUGAAACUCACAGCUUUAUAGAUACACUAUGAGAAUCUGAUUUAUGUCUCUACGCAAUGAGUAUCUGUGUGUAUGUAUGAUGAGAUAAUCUGCUGAAUCUGUAUGUUGACACCACAACAAGAAAGUGUUUUUGCACGUAGACACUCAGCAGGACCUUUGAUCAUAUAAUUAUAUUACUAGCAAAGACAAGAGUGUGACAGUAGUAAUGAGGAACGCCUUCUGGGAAGUUAUAUAGGUGGUUGAUCCUACUGGGGUGUCCGGAAGGAUAGCAAGUGUUAUCACAAAGCUUUGGAUGGACUGGAAGUGUCGGACGAUGGUCAUCAGCAUGGGAUAACUGGCAUGCUAUGACUAAACGAAAUGUUACAUAUUCUUCAAAAACACUUAAUAAAAACACAAACAAUACUUCUAUGAAAAACCCUACCAUACAUUUUUAAAUGCAAAUGAUUUAUUAAAUACCCCAAAUUUUAAGUAGAAUAAAAAAAGGAAAGAAAGCAUAAAGAAAACAUGUACAUAACAUUUUCAUCUUUUCUAUGGAUGUUCAAUCACAGUUCAUUGUUUAUCAAACAUUGUGUCAAAAGUCAGUAAUACCGUGUUUCUCCGAAAAUAAGACCGGGUCUUAUAUUAAUUUUAGUCACAAAAAACUCACUAGGGCUUAUUUUCAGGGUAGGGCUUAUUUAUUUACGGUACCGGUAUGUACAUUGAACCCCCCCUUUAAUAAAUCCACCCCCCUCUAAUUAAUCCACCCCCUCUAAUUAAUCCAGCCCACCCUUUAAUUAAUUCACCCCCUCUAAUUAAUCCAGUCCACCCUUUAAUUAAUUCACCACCCCUUUAAUUAAUUCACCCCCUCUAAUUAAUCCAGUCCACCCUUUAAUUAAUUCACCCUAAUUAAUCCAACCCUUUAAUUAAUUCACCCCCCUUUAAUUAAUUCACCCCCCUCUAAUUAAUCCAGCCCACCCUUUAAUUAAUUUCUAAUUAAUCCACCCCUUUAAUUAAUUCACCCCCCUCUAAUUAAUCCAGUCCACCCUUUAAUUAAUUCACCACCCCUUUAAUUAAUUCACCCCCUCUAAUUAAUCCAGCCCACCCUUUAAUUAAUUCACCCCCCUUUAAUUAAUUCACCCCCCUUUAAUUAAUUCAAUAAAUCCCAGACAUAAAAUAUCUAGCAGUACUCACAUUUCAAAGAUUCCUUGCCGAGUCCGACCACUGGGAGCCUCACCGCCCGGAAAUGGAUCCUUCCGCUGAAGAUCCGUGAAGGCAGACUGACGGCGCUGCAAAAUGUCGUCAUCACGUUGCGCGACGCUCCUCCUACAGCAGAAGAAGGAAGUCUCGCCGCAAAGGUACAAUGCCUAGGUCUUAUUUUCGGGGUAGGGCUUAUAUUGCAGCCCACCCCGAAAAUCCGACUAGGGCUUAUUUUCGGGGUAGGGUUUAUUUUCGGGGAAACACGGUAUGUGGGAAUAUACUGGGAGUAGGUUUGUUAGAGUGGGAACCAAAUCUCUGUGAGAUUAUUUUAAAUAAUGGUGAACUUACAAAAACGAUCCCUUUUGAACAUAUGUCGAACAGCAAUGCACAAAAACAUUGUUCUAAAUGUCCUAUUUUGUAUAUCUUCCUUAAAGCAGCACUUCCAAUUGUACUGUCUUUAUAAUUUUGUCAAGACCCCCCAAAGUGACAUGUCAACUUCAAUAGUAGCAGAUGAGGGGCAAAUAAUACGAGACAAAAACUUAGCUGACACUCUUGCUCAUCAACAUCAACAUGUUGACCUUCAGUUUGUUUUUACCUCAGUCAUCUACCAUGCGCCUGUGCCAUUUUUGUACACUUGCUUGUGUACGAGAGUACAACAUUUUGGUCCAUAGAGAUAGCAUUGGUUACUUCAUAUAUCUUGUUUGCGCAUGCACAAUAAGAUGCCAUAAGCUUGUAUUUCAUAUCUUGAGAAAACAUGCCUGUUCUCAUCAGGUUUCGGAAGUGACAAGAAACUCACGGGAAUAGGGCCUUCAACUCCUCUUGUAUUUGUUUGGCAAAUGUUGUAUUGUCCCUUAGAUGUAUUGGAACUCUGUCUUUUUACUUACACCGAUUAUACCCUUAGACAGAGGUGCAGAAUGUGUUGGCGGUUUAUAAAUAAAGAAUAAGGACUAUAAUGAAUUAGUAACAUACUGCGUUUUAUACGUUUGUUCUGACUGCCUUCAAAUUCCAAAUAAAGUCUAACGCAGUCUAUACAAAUUCCAUAAAGUCACAGUGCAAUUUUAUAUGACUGAAACACUGCUGAAAAUGUAUCACAUAUGUUUAAAUAAUCCCCUUCCAUGCUGAGGUACCUAUAUUGUAUAAGCAAGAGCGUUGAUCUCAAGCUGUUGCUGCUGAUAGGCCAAUGAUGAUGUAAAUGUAACCAUAAUCACAUCAUUUCAAUAGUUUUAAACACUUUUUAACUAUCAAUUUGGCAAAAAAGGACCAAAGCCUUACGUUAAACAGUCAGGUUUAACUGAUUACAAUCAUUCUGAAGUUUAAAUAUGGAGAGAAAUAACUCAACUAUUGACAUUUAUUGAAUUCAACACCAGAAAUACUUGAAAUCCACAGGAAAUACAUUUCAAAAUGUUUACUCAUUAGCAGAACAAACACCACAACCACCUACCCUGAAUUGUAUGUAUACCUAAUACAAAAUUAAGUAAAAAUAACAUGUUGAAAAUGGGAACAAUGGAAAAGCGGUUUUAACAUCUUUGUUUAUAUAUAUUAUUAUGUAGCCCGUGAAGUUACACAGGCUGCAUUAUCUGAAAUGCCCAGUAGAUGGCACAUGGACUCAGUAUGCUGUUAAUAAAACAUUGAGCUUUGAUCACAUGACUUGCUGAAAUCAAGAGAGGAGUGUGGCAUCAUCGCAGGGCCUGUCAGGACUUCCUGCACAGCUCUGAGGGAGGAGGAUUCUAAGAGUGACCACAUGCUGAGCCAGAGAGAGGACAUGUGAGAGACUGUAGCACAGAGAUAGGGCCUGGCUGAGAGAACUUGUUUCACCCAAGAUCACACCAGCUGAGAGAGGGACCUGCAGGAAAGGAAAGAAGACAAGCACUGAGUCCAGACGUCUGGCGAAUCCAGUGAGAGGAGACUGCUGCUGACUGACUGGUUAAUCGUGUUGAGAGGGUAAGCCAAGCCUCUCCCUGUAUCGCCACAGGGCACCUGUCUCCUCACUCACAGUAAAGACUCUGAGGUCCCGUGACAGACAUUACACAUCUGAGGCUGCUUCAGUGACCCUGCGGAGCAGGACUUAUAAGGGCCCCAACUCUCCUAUGUGCACCAACGGCCGCUAGGGCGAAGAUAAGGGGGUGGGGCGCAGGUGUGCUGGUGGGUGAGUGAGGGAAAUCCACAUUUGCCUUGUUAUCUGUGUUACUCUAUUGUAUUUUCCUAUGUAUGUUGGUUCAAUUGCUACUUACCAUAUAAAGUUAGUCCCAGUUAGACUGUGUCAGUCUCAUUGCACCAAGUAUGUUCCCAGUGGGACCCCACAUCCCUACCCCGGAUGCUCCACUGGGUGGAGGCACUGCCGCAGACAUGUACCCCAGCUCCCAGAUAGCGGAGGCUCAGGAUCCGCCUGUCAGGCAUAGUGAGUUAACUAGGUUUGGGGACCCCAAAGACACUAGGGGGCACCCCCAAAACCCCGUUACAGAUGGAGGCACUGCUGAGAUGUAUUGGGGUACAACCAGUGAGAAUAGGUUAAGUCCUCAGGCCACUCCCUCCUUUGUGAAACAGUGGGCCCAGCAAAGAAAUGUACCAUUACAGCAAGCUGUGAUGUUAUGCAAAGUCCCAUCCUGCUGUGAGAUGAAUCACGUCAUCUUGUGUAUAGAAAUUCGACUGGGAAUAGAAAUGGCGACCAUCAGAGAUAUCCUGCAGGAUUCUGAAGGCCAAACUUACAUGUUAAUAUAUUGUCAUACGGGCUUGGGAGACCAUGAGAUGCCUACCAACAUUCAUUUACAUGGAGCCCCGGAUGGAGGAUGCUCCUUAGUGUACGCUCUCCUUGAUAAGAAAGAAAGGGUCUCACUGCAACAACCCUUUAAAUUAGAACGGAAAGAUUAUGUCACAGAAAAUUAUUCUAAGCUCCUGACCCCCAUCUCCGGAAAGGCCGGAGCCAUUCCUAAACAAGCUGCCCAUCCUCCUAGAGGACAGGGGAUGAUUACUCCUAAAGCAGAAUCUCAUCCAUCUACAGCAUUACUGAAACCAGACAACCCUGAAGUACACACCCUCCCUACAGGAGGUAGUGAUGUAUCGGACAUACUACAGAAACUCUCAGAAGCCAUAGUGACGGCAAACCACACCCAUAGUUACCACAAACUAAAGGUGUUUUCUGGGAAUCAGCCUGUUCCUGCAGGAGAAGAGCCUUUUGAGGUCUGGAAGGAUAAUGCUAUGCAGUUGUUGGAGGAAUGGUCUUGUACGGAUACCAUAAAGAAACAGCGGUUGGUGGAGAGUCUUCGUUUUCCCGCUACAGACAUGAUAAGACUGUACAAGGGAGUAAAUGGGCAAGCUACUGCACACGACUAUCUACAAGUCUUACAGGAUGCUUAUGGGAAAUCAGAAGAUUUGGAUGAUCUGUUGGUUAAGUUCCUAGCCACUAAGCAGAAGGAGCACGAAAAAGCCACUGACUAUAUCAACCGGUUACAGCUAUCGCUUGGAAAGUUAUUCCAUAAAGGAGCAGUCACUGUCCCUGAGUUGGAUGCUCGGCUAUCUAAGCAAAUUCAGAGAGGUGGUUUGACCAGUAAUCCAGUUAUGAUUCUGCUGAGAGCCAAGUUGGAUGAUAAAGUUCUGCCUUAUUCCACAUUAAUAAAUACAGCCAGGAGAUUGGAAGACCAGAUGUGUCCACCCCUACAGAAGGAGAAAGAGAAUACAGAACUGUCAGCUCUUAGGAAGAAGGUGGCUGAAUUGGAGCUUUUAUGCAAAUCACCACCAGAGAGAGCAGAUCUUCCCCCUGGAAGUGGGGGGCAACACAGGAAGACUCAGAAAAAGCUGUUUCCUGAGGAUUCACCCCGCCGAGGGAACUGCUUUAAAUGUGGAAAGUCAGGGCAUUUUCAGCGGGAGUGCCCUGCGGAUUCCAUGGAGGUGGAUGUGGGGGUGCUGGCAACCGAGCUCGGGGAGACUCAAAUGACCAGGUCUUACAAGCGAAGGAAGACCCGGCCUACAUAUAGUCUAUCUGUAGGGGCCAAGAUUGGGCCUAAAUCUUUGAUACACGUGCAAGUGGAAGGAAUUCAUGCUUCAGCAUUGCUAGAUACAGGUUCUCAAGUCACCAUUAUCUACAGAGACUUCUAUGAACGUCAUUUGAAACACAUUCCUAUGGAACCUGCAGGAGAGUUUCAGCUAUGGGGCGUUGGGUCUCAAGCUCAACCUGUGGAGGGAUGCAUAAAAGUGACCAUAACUAUUCCCCAGUUAAAUACCGGGAUGAUAUGUCCUAUGGAGCUGGAAGCUUUGAUAUGCCCUGCAGCCAAGAAAGUGUGUGCCCCAAUAAUAUUUGGUACUAAUGCAAAGAUGGUACAGGAUGUAUUCAGGGCCUAUCUGACAGAAGUGGGAGAUGUCUCCUUAGACCGACUGAUGGAGGUCAGCCCUGUCCUAGGAAAAGAGUGUCGACGACUAGCCCUUGCAACAAAACCAGGGUUGUGCCACUAUUCAGGAACAGAACCUGCAUUUGUGAAGCCUGGUGAGACCAAAACCUUACGAGCCAUAGCCUCAAUGCACCAUGAAAUGUUGGGGGGAACUGGACAAUACCUUAUUGAGUCUCUGCCUGAAGAGGAUCAGAAGAAGGGGUGGACUCUCAUACCUGAGAUAAAAGAUUGGCGAAAAAGGUGGUGUCGGAGUUUUCCUGUGAUGGUACAGAAUUUAACCCCCACGGAAAUCCGGAUUGAUCGUCAUCAGAAGAUUGGUGUAAUACACCUUUUAGAUCAAGUUUCGUCCAUCAUGUCUGUGAGUGCAGAACAGACGGAUCAUGUGAAAGCACCUUUAGAUUUUGAUCUAGAAGAUUCUCCCCUACCACAGCAGUGGAAAGACAGCCUUCGUUCAAAACUGGCCACCCGAGAGGGAGUGUUCUCCAGAGCAGAGAUGGACGUGGGGUGUUCUAAGAGUGCCACCCAUGCUAUAAGACUUGCUGAUCCUACUCCUUUCAGAGAAAGGUCAAGAAGAAUACCCCCUCGAGAUGUGGAAGAUGUCCGGGACAUACUCCAGCAGAUGGAAGGAGCAGGCAUCAUCACAGAGUCCCGGAGCCCCUAUGCCUCACCUAUUGUGGUAGUGAGAAAAAAGAAUGGUUCAGUUCGGCUAUGUGUGGACUACCGUACUCUGAACAAGAGGACUGUGCCAGACCAGUACACCUUGCCCCGGAUAGAAGAUCUUCUGAACGCCCUAUCUGGCAGCCAGUGGUUCAGUGUGCUUGACUUGAGGUCUGGAUAUUAUCAGGUACCCAUGAAGAAGGAAGAUCAGGAAAAGACAGCUUUCAUCUGCCCUUUGGGGUUCUUCCAGUUUACCAGAAUGCCACAGGGAGUCACAGGAGCUCCUGCUACUUUUCAGAGGCUGAUGGAGAAAACUGUGGGGGAUAUGAAUCCCAAAGAGUGUCUAGUGUAUCUAGAUGACCUAAUUGUUUUCGGGAAGACACCAGAGGAGCAUGAACAAAGAUUGCUAAAGGUGUUGGAUCGACUUCAAGCUGAAGGCCUGAAGCUAUCAGUGGACAAAUGCCGAUUUGCCCAGAACUCUGUCACUUAUGUGGGGCACAUAGUCUCCGCUGAAGGAGUAGCCACAGAUCCUGCUAAAAUUGAAGCAGUGCUGAAUUGGCCAAGACCAAAUAACAUCGGUGAGUUGCGGUCCUUUCUCGGAUUCUGUGGUUACUACCGAAGGUUCGUGAAAGACUACUCAAAGAUUGCUCGAGAGUUACAUGACCUGCUGAAGAUUAUCUCUGACGUAAAGGGUGUUAAGGCACCAUAUCCUAAAGACCCCUUUGGAGAGAAAUGGACUUCAGGAUGUGAAGAUGCCUUUCUGACGCUGAAGAAGAGACUUACAGAAGCUCCUGUCUUAGCCUAUGCAGACCCUGAGAAACCAUAUAUCCUCCAUGUGGAUGCCAGUAUGGAAGGCCUAGGGGGUGUACUGCACCAAAGUUAUCCAGCAGGAUUGAGGCCGGUGGCUUACAUAAGUAGGAGUCUUACAGGUGCAGAGAAGAACUAUCCAGUCCAUAAAUUGGAAUUUCUGGCACUCAAGUGGGCCAUGGUGGAUAAGCUGCAUGACUAUUUGUAUGGGGCAACAUUCGAAGUAAGGACUGACAACAAUCCACUUACCUACAUCCAGACUACAGCUAAGCUGGAUGCUACAGGACAUAGGUGGUUGGCUGCCUUGUCAAACUACAGUUUCAGCCUGAAGUACAAGCCUGGGCCCAAGAAUGUCAGCGCAGAUGCCCUGUCCCGCAAACCUAGACUCCCCCCUCACCAAGAAGAAGAGGAGUGGGAAGAGAUCCCUGGGCCGGGGGUAGGAGCCUUUUGUCAGAUGUAUGUGGUGGCCGAGAGUCAAGAAGAAUUUGCCGAGCUAAGAGGGAUAGACUCCAUUAGCCACUCUCCCGAAGCUGUGCCUGAGGUGUUCCAUGCUCCAGUCAUGCUUCAACAGUGGUCCAGUAUAACCACAGAAGACAAGAGGAAGGCUCAAGCGCAGGACUGGUAUAUUGGGAUAGUUAUCAGAGCAAUAAAGACUAAGAAUCCUAAAUUGCUGACUUCUCUACCUGUGAAUCAAAGAGAAUUAUACCGAAGAGAAUGGAGCCGACUACAUCUCGAAGAUGGAGUACUCUAUAGGGUCGUGAAGUAUCAUGAUCACCCUGACAGAAAACAAUUGGUACUACCGCACCGAUACCGUGGCAUGGUCCUGAGAGCUCUCCACGAUCAACAUGGGCAUCUCGGGGUGGACAAGACCUAUGGCCUAGUACAAGAUCGGUUCUAUUGGCCUCGCAUGAGGGAACAUGUCGAGCAACAUGUAAAGACAUGCAGGAGGUGUAUCCAGAGGAAGACCCUGCCUGUGAGAGCUGCCCCUAUGGGUCAUCUGAAAAGUACGGGACCCAUGGAUCUUGUGUGCAUGGACUAUCUCUGCAUUGAGGACGAUACAGCGGGAAUUGGAAAUGUGCUGGUGGUAACGGACCACUUCACCAGAUAUGCUCAAGCUUUCCCCACUAAAGACCAAAAGGUUGUGACUGUAGCCAAAGUCCUUUGGCAGAAGUAUUUUAUUCACUAUGGACUACCCAAUCGGCUACACUCUGAUCAAGGUAGAGACUUUGAGAGUAAGUUGAUAAAGGAGCUGUUAGGCAUGUUGCAGGUGCAGAAGUCCAGAACCACACCUUAUCAUCCGGAGGGUGAUGCACAGCCAGAACGUUUCAAUAGGACCCUCCUAGAUAUGCUAGGGACUCUCAAGCAAAUCGAGAAGCGGUCUUGGAGUAAACAUGUGGAAACCAUGGUCCACGCAUACAACUGUACAAGGCAUGAAUCUACAGGGUUCUCACCCUAUUUCUUAAUGUUCGGAAGAGAAGCUCGAUUGCCGAUAGAUGUCCGGUUGGGAGUGUCUCCUGAUGGAACAGAUUCAACUUCACACUUUCAAUAUGUGAGGAACCUCAAACAAAACCUUCGUCGGGCCUACGAGUUGGCCACCCAAGCUGCAGCAAAAAUGGAAGAACGGAACAAAAGAAGAUAUGAUGCUAAGGUGAGAUAUCGGGAGAUUCAAGCAGGGGAUAAAGUUCUUCUCCGGAAUCUAGGUGUGCCUGGAAAACACAAACUGGCUGACAGAUGGAAAGAUACCCUGUUUGAGGUUGUGUCCAAACUGGAAGGACUGCCAGUGUACAACAUUCGGGGCCCGGAGGGCCGAAUAAAGGCUUGGCAUAGAAACCAUCUGCUUCCAGUUGUGUAUACUGAUGAAGAGGAAGAGAGUAGUGAAGAACUGGAGGAAACCCCAGCAGAGAGUCCUGGAAAUGGGGCAGAGGAGACCCCGGGAACUCCCAGUGCAGAGGAUCAGUGGUGGUCAUCACCCGCUGAAGAAACACAACAAUUGCCUCCUUUAACUCCUGUGGUUUCACAAAGUCCCGGAACCUCUCCUGGGUCACAAAGUUCUCCAAGGUUGAAUCCAGAAAGUCCCUGUUUUGUGCCUGGAACUUCCCUUAAAAACUCUACUUCGAGGGCAGGAGUCGAAGUUCCACAGUUGAUGUCCCAAGAUCCUCUCCCCCAGCGAGAACUGAGACACAGCACCAGAGUGCGGCAACCCCCUAGGGCCCUAGUUUAUGAUAAUAUAGGAGAGCCCAGUUAUGCCCCGCUGACACAAGCAGCAUUUAAAAUGGCCACUUUCCUACAUGCACUAGCUGAAGUGGUAAAUGUUAGUGACUGUUUACCCUAAAUAACUAGCUAGCUAGGAUGUUACUGUGCGAACUGUACUGUAGGUAUGCUAAACCUUUUUCUGUUGAAUUUUUGUUAAGCUCCCUGGCUAGGACUUGCCAGUGGAAGGCAAGUAUUUUCAAGGGGGAGCAUGUAGCCCGUGAAGUUACACAGGCUGCAUUAUCUGAAAUGCCCAGUAGAUGGCACAUGGACUCAGUAUGCUGUUAAUAAAACAUUGAGCUUUGAUCACAUGACUUGCUGAAAUCAAGAGAGGAGUGUGGCAUCAUCGCAGGGCCUGUCAGGACUUCCUGCACAGCUCUGAGGGAGGAGGAUUCUAAGAGUGACCACAUGCUGAGCCAGAGAGAGGACAUGUGAGAGACUGUAGCACAGAGAUAGGACCUGGCUGAGAGAACUUGUUUCACCCAAGAUCACACCAGCUGAGAGAGGGACCUGCAGGAAAGGAAAGAAGACAAGCACUGAGUCCAGACGUCUGGCGAAUCCAGUGAGAGGAGACUGCUGCUGACUGACUGGUUAAUCGUGUUGUGAGGGUAAGCCAAGCCUCUCCCUGUAUCGCCACAGGGCACCUGUCUCCUCACUCACAGUAAAGACUCUGAGGUCCCGUGACGGACAUUACACAUCUGAGGCUGCUUCAGUGACCCUGCGGAGCAGGACUUAUAAGGGCCCCAACUCUCCUAUGUGCACCAACGGCCGCUAGGGCGAAGAUAAGGGGGUGGGGCGCAGGUGUGCUGGUGGGUGAGUGAGGGAAAUCCACAUUUGCCUUGUUAUCUGUGUUACUCUAUUGUAUUUUCCUAUGUAUGUUGGUUCAAUUGCUACUUACCAUAUAAAGUUAGUCCCAGUUAGACUGUGUCAGUCUCAUUGCACCAAGUAUGUUCCCAGUGGGACCCCACAUCCCUACCCCGGAUGCUCCACUGGGUGGAGGCACUGCCGCAGACAUGUACCCCAGCUCCCAGAUAGCGGAGGCUCAGGAUAGUGAGUUAACUAGGUUUGGGGACCCCAAAGACACUAGGGGGCACCCCCAAAACCCCGUUACAUUACAUAUCAAGAUUAAAGGGACACUAUAGUCACCUGAACAACUACAGCUUAAUGUAGUUGUUCAGGUGAGAUCUAUAGCUCCCUGCAGUCAAUCUAAUGCAAACACUGUAUUUUCAGAGAAAAUACAGUGUUUACAUUGAUUGAUAGGAAUACCUCCAGUGGCCGUCACUCAGACGGCCACCAGAGGGAUUUCCUAUCAUGCAGGGCCCUAAAAAGGCCUUGUACACGUUAGACGUAUUAAAAUACGUCUGACGUGUGCAGGAGAGAGAAGGCACUGUGUGCGCGCCUUCUCUCUUCUGCCUGUCAGCAGAGGAGAGGGGGCGGGCAAAGACCGGGAGCUGAGCUGUCAGUCAGCGUGGUAGUGCGCUCAUUACUUCAGAGGGCGGCAUGAAUGCCGCCCUCUGAAGUAUGUGCGCAUGUACGGCGAAGGGAACAAUGACGCAUAAGGGAAUAAUGACGCUUCCAAAUGGAAGUGUCUGAUUGCUCCCUGCUUGCGCCCGCCUAUUUCGUCAUUUUGAUGAAAUAGGGGGCGUAGCUUUACGAGGCUCCCGGUGCUGGAACCAGGUGAGUAAACUUGUUUGCCUGGAGAGUCCCUUUAACUAAACAAAAACAACUCAAAAUAGAUUCACAAAUUAGUCCUGAUAGUUAAAUGCCUCAUAUGUCUGGGAUCUGAAUUAAUAUUUAGUAGUUAACGCUAACACUAUGCCAACCCUAAACUAUGUCUAAACUAACUCUAACCAUAAACCUACCUUAACCUUACCCCAAACUGUAACCACACACUAUCCCUAACUCUAAAACAUUAACCAUAACUCAGCAUUGAUCCUUAUCGCACAAUAACACUAACCCUACACUAACACUAACCAUUUACCUACCCUAACCUUACCCCAAACCGUAACCCCACAUAAUCCCUAACUCAAAAACACUAACUCUAACCAUAUACCUACCCUAACCUUACCCCAAACCGUAACCCCACAUAAUCCCUAACUCUAAACUAACAUUACCCUAACCCCCCUGACAUCAGGAGGUGUGUGUGGGGGGGGGAGGGAAUGGGGAUUUCCAAGCUCCAACAGCACAGAGCACUUUGUGAGCACCCUCUGCUGUGUGAUUUCAGAAUGCUGUCCCUGCUGAACAGACAGCAAGAUGAUAUUGGCCUACAAUUCCCAGAAUUUAUUGAAUGCAGUAGAGGGCAAUUGAAUUAUGGGAGUUGUAGUUCAGCAAUAGUUGGGGUGCAGGGCAGAGUUUGGGAUAUCUGAAUUAGGAUCAGGCUCUUAGAAUGUAACUAAAUAUUCAGUCAGUAUUAAUGCAAAUGGCAUGGAGACAAUGUGUUUCACUUAUUUUGCAUAUUUGACUGACCAAAAAUGAUGCUUGUGAUCCAGGGCCAGUCCAUCCUGGAGGGAAUUUACUCUUGUUUUAGAAUCGUCACUCUUUUUUAUUGAGAAGGAUGGCGGUUGCUAAAAAAUAAAUAAAGAUUGACAAGAGCAUCAAGAAUUAUUUACCUUGCCACUCAGGCAAGGAGCUCCUGGGGAAACAAAACGGCACAAUGUAGAAACCAAAUGAAUUAACAAACCUACAAUAAUAAAUGUUCACUUACAAAAUGUGUUAGAUAGAAGCCUCCAGAUCUUUUAUAGGUAAAUAAGCAUAAUUUUAGAAUGCUGGGUUAACACUAACACAGCCAAAACAGAAGAUGAUGGACAGGUAUCCACCUAUAUACUCAAACAAUGAUACUCAGCUUGUGAUUUUCUAUCUCAUUUUAGAUGUCUCGGGAUGCAGAAUGCUUGCACCAGGUCAAGGCCUCUCGUUUGAAAUUAACCGACUGGCUAGAAAAUAAUCCUCUUGUGGUCCUCAGGUGGCUCCAUGCUGAUGGAAUUCUACCGCAAGAUAAAUAUUUCUUUCUCCUGGAUAGAAAUCCACAGAGAAACCAAGUGAUUUCUCUCUUGGAAACUGUGACCCAAGAUGCGGAAAUUUGCAAAGCAUUCGUGCAUGUGCUGCAGCAAGUACAGGAAUAUUACUGCCCGGAUUUACAUAAUUGGCUGAAGGAUAACUUUCCAGUCUAUAUCAAGGAGUCUACUGGUCCAAUGGGUAAAUCUAAUGCCAUUAAAUAAUGGUUCAAGCAACGUGUUCUUAUAUGCUUUUCAAGUUAGGAGAACUGAGCAACCACCCAGGCCGUGGCGUUAGCAUUUUAAUAGCUCCAGCGACUACAUGGAAUAGUGAAAAGUCACAUUGCUAGAGACAUUCAUUCUACCAAACCCUACCAUUUCAUUGGUUGCCCGUUAUUAAAACUAGUCAGUGACGGAACUUGACCAUUAUAUUCAUAAAGCACUUGUAACGCUAGCGGGAGGAGAGCAGCUCCCAACGAGAUGUAUUACAUUGCCUAACACUUGACUAAGCAAGAAUACAAAAUAUGCUCCACAUAAUGCCCACUUUCUUCUCCAUUUUUAUAGCAGUAGUUUCUAUUCUAAAGAGAAAAAACAUCUCUUAUCUUCUCUUAUCAGAAGCUCAGUUAUGUCUCACUGCAUCUUUAAAGAAGUAUUAUAAAUAAUAUAAGGGUAUCCUGCUUUCGCAUUUAUGUAUUUAACAAAUUCUUAUAUAGUGCCCUUUUUUAGAGCAACCUUUGUAGGUAAACUUCAUUGCUACAUUACAACAGACAAUGAGAAGCGUUUGGACUAUUUCAAUUCAUUAUUUUUUUGUCACUGUACGUGACAAAAUUAACUCAUAUCACACCUUUUUAUUUAUUAUGUUUGCACUUUAUGCAUAGUAAAAUUAUGUUGUAAAACGUUCAGUGCCUAUUCCUCAAAUAGGCGAUCUCUCUACGUAUAUAUACAUUUUAAUUUUAAGGUAUAAUUACUGUUUAAAGUGACACAGAGUAUAUAUACGACACUAUUAUUGCACAUUAUGUGAGAGAUAGUUGUGCACAAUAGGAAUAUUGUAUAUUGUUAAAACGAUCUAUAGUAUAGUAUCUGCUAUUUUUUCUUUUCACGUCCUAUGUACUGUAUACUAAUUGAGUGCCACCUACCGCAGGAUUAAUAGAUUACGGUUGUAUAUAUUUUAUACUACACAUGCAAUACUGCUCCACUUGUGAAUACAUUGUAAUUUAAGAAUAUAAUUCCUGCUAAAGCUAUGAAUUUCACAAAAUAUUAUAUUUGCAGAAAAAGAGAAAACCAGUAGAAGGAGUGCAUUGGGUUGGUUUAAAAAGAAGAUAACAAAGGAAAAUACAUAUAAAUGUAAUCCUAAAGGUAGGUUAUCACCCUUCUUCAUAUUGCUUCUUGGCUACUGUAAAACCCAAAUGGUUAUUUUUCUCUGCACUGUUAUCUGUUUUUGAUAAUUAGUGACAUAAAUUGGCUUUUGCAGAAAACGGGAAAAGUUGUGAAUUUAGUGUUCAAGUAGCAAUUGUUUGGCACAAGCAUUAAGAAUUGUGUAAAGCUGCAUGUACGGAUUUAGUAAAUUUGGUAUGAGAAUUCAGCGUUGCAUGAAGCUAUUUUCUGGAAUUUAAAUAUUAACAGGCAAAAAAUUAAAUAAUAUACAAUUAUUAAUAAGAUUAUGCCAGUCUGAUAAUCAUUUUUCUUUUUUAAGUAUUACAAUGAAACAAUCCAUUAUAUCUUAGGGAAAAUGUUCAGCUAAGCUGCCAGCUGAAAUUAACCUCAUACGUUUAAGAUAUGGUUUCAGUUUUACACCCACAGAUAUAUCUGGACUAGAACUGGUUGCACUUUGAACUUACUGGGACUCGAUUCAUAUAAGUAUCAUGAUAAACGUUGACAUAAGCAGUUUGUAUGUAAUUUACCGUGCUUUCUGUCCACUUGAUAAGAAAUUAACAGAUAACAGUUUUACAGUUAUUGCUAUUAUUAUUACAGUUAUUAGUUUGAUGAAAAGAGAUUAAAUAAAGCAAUAGCCUGGUCCAGGGCUGCUCCCUUGUCGCUGUUGCGAUCUGCUUUAAUUGAUCUAGAUGUAGAAUAUUGGCUUUUCCAUUCUGUCAUACAUAUUAUUGAUUUAUUUUUGUCUAAUGCACAGACAGAUGGUGGAGUUACUUAGUGAUCAUUUUAAUGUGUCUGAUCAGGAUCUGAACAUAGGUAAAGUUUUAAUGUCAUCAUUAGAAAAAAAUGAUCAUUCAGAUUCUGGUCGGAAACGCACCGAUGUGCUAUACUUAUUUUGCUGGGGAAUCAGGUCCAAAAUUAAAUUAUAUGACAAAAUGGGAAAACCAACUGAAAAAUGAGUUUUAAGUGGAGGAAUGGCACGAGAUUCUCAUGGCAUUACACGGCAUUACACGGUCUGCGUCGCUCAUUACAAACUUAUAUCCAGAUGGUACCUGACUCCCUCUAGACUUUUUAAAUUGCGGUCAAGUUGGUUCUCUGUAUCAUGUCAUUUGGUCUUGCCCUUAACUAAAACAGUAGUGGGAAGAUAUUCACACUCAAAUUAAACUCAUCACUGAUCAAAUCCCCAUUAUAUCACCAGAAUUGUGUCUCCUGAAGAGAUUCCCAGAUGAUUUGCCCAAAAUUAAAAUAACUAUUUUAGGCAAUCUCUUGGUUUCAGCCACUUUGGUCCUUCCUCGAUAUUGGAAAACAGCUACUAUUCCUUCUAUGACUGAGGUGUCAAUAAUACUCUAGAAACUAAGAGAUGUGAAUUAACCUUUAGACUACCUUCCAAUACAGUUAAAGGGACACUAUAGUCACCAGAACAACUACAGCUUUAUGUAGUUGUUCUGGUGAGUAUAAUCAUUAUAUGCAUUUUCAGAAAGAGGCAGUGUUUACAUUGCCCCUAGGUACACCUCCAAGUCUCCACUCCUCCGAUGGCCACUGGAAGUGCUUCCUGGAGCAGUGCUGCAUAGUAGGCAGCACUGCCGUUCAGCGUCUUACGCUGUGCAUGGGGAUGCUGAAUUUUCCGCAGAGAUGCAUUGAUUCAAUGCAUCUUUAUGAGGAGAUGCUGAUUGGCCAAAACAGUGUUUGACCCCGCCCCCUUGCCGAUUUUAGCCGAUCCAAUGCUUUCUCCAUGGGAAAGUAUUGGCUUGGCAAAAAAGGGGGCAGGGCCAGUACGGUGGACCCGUGAAGAGCUGAAAAUAAGGUGAGUUUUAACCCUUUCUGAGAGGGCUACCUAAAUGGUGGAUUUAGCCCUAUAUUGUGUUUUUUUGUUAUUUUUAUUAGGACAUAUUGUAAGGAAUUUUCUUCUAUCAACUGUAUGUAAUUAUAUACUUUCUUCAUUACCUUUUGUAUAACUUCAGCGCGGUCCAUCACCACCACCACUGUUUUUCUCUGUUUGUUGUUGACAGUGUUGUGGGGAUUCCUUGUAGGUGGCUUUCUGCUCAUUUAUAGACAGAGUGCGCCACACACAUAACUUUGUUCAUUUCAAACUUUAAGAAGUGCUAAGAAAAAAGUCAAGAAAGCCUUCUUAAUCAUAAAAGGUUUUUAUUUUACCAAGUAAGAGAACACACUUUUAACAUACUAAAUUCUCAGUGCAAGCGACUCCGAAGAGAAAGGGGCUGUUAUAUGAAAUUUUUAGGGUGUCGUGUAACAAAGGAAGGAAAAAGGACAGUUACAGAAAUAUAUAAAAAUGGAAUCUGCGGCUAUACGCCUUCAGACAGGAAAAAUAUAUUUGAGUAAUAAUAUUACAAUGCAAAGAAUGGACCUUCCACAGGUAUGUAUUAUUAUUAUUAUUAUUUUAUUAUUUAUAUAGCGCCAUCAGAUUCCAUAGCGCUGUACAAUGGGUAGACUAACACAUGUAAUUGUAACCAGACAACUGGACGUACAGAGAGGUGGAGGGCCCUGCUCAAUGAGCUUACAUUCUAGAUGGAGUGGGGUACAGUGACACAAAGGGUUAAAGUAAGGGGACGAAAUAGGUUGUUGGAAAAAUAUUCACUGAGGGCUUAGUAGGUAAUUUUUGACAGUUGUAGGUGAGGAGUCAUGGGGGGUGGGGGAUAAAAACUUGCUAACAGUUUAAUUGAUAUGCUUUCUUGAAGAAGUGAGUUUUCUAUGAUUUUUUGAAUGAGUGGAGACUGGGUGAAAGUCUUACAGAGAAGGGAAGAAUAUUCCACAGAAGAGGUGCAGCCCUGGAAAAAUCUUGGAGGCGAGCAUUAGAGGUGGGAGUACGGACAGAGGAUAUAGAUAGGUCUUUGGCAGAGCGUAGGGGCCUCGAGUAUUCACUAAAUGUUUAUGUCAAAACAGUUGGAAAUGAAAUAUUCUCACUGCAUCUCAUCUUUUUGAAAACAAAACCGUAUGAUACCUGUUUACAAAGGAGAAUGAAACCGCAAGUAUUUGUCAUUAUUUUCAAGUGAAUGAACCAGAGUGAACGGACGUACCGUGCAUACGCUUAUUCUAAAGGUUCAGAGGAGGAAUUACUCAGCAGACACACAAGCUCAGUAAUUCUCCAAUGAAAUGAAUGAACUCCCUGAGACGUGCUUGAUUUUUUUUUUUAAUUAAAGGGACACUCCAAGCACCAUAAUCACUACAGCAGGCUGAGUGUAUUGUAAGGAAUUGUAAGGAAUCAAAAUAUUUUGAACGGUAUGAAUUCUUGUCUGGGGUCUACCGGGCACUGCUCCCCGCCUACACCACCAUCUCCUGAGACCUGGAAGGUACCCAGCAGGACAUUCUGACAGCUCUACUGUGUAUCCAUUAUAUCUUCCUGUCUGUAAUUUAUUUAGGAUGGAGCUAUAAAGCCACCCCAUUUGUAUAUUUGCACAAGAACCAGCUAUUUUAUAUAUACUUACCUUUGACAUCUUCUUCUACUUGUUACAGGCCAAAAAAGAAAUUCAAUCACCACAAGCCACCUGAAAGGUAAAUAAGAAUGAUAAUUUUUUUUUUAUUAUUAUUUAUUUAUUUAUUUUAAAUUCUUUAUUUUUGUUGGGCAGGUGGUUACAGGGUAUCAACAGACGCCACAACAGCAUAUUUCAAGCUUCACGAAAGUUACAGGGGCAUGAUAAUUCGCACAAUUUUUAUAUUAGGUUAACUAAUCAGUUAUUUCAUCAGAGUAGGAUUAACUAGAAUAAAAUAACGAUGCUAGUUGCUAAACAUUCCAAAAUAUUAAUAACAAGUUUUGCGUAAUCAUAGUGAAAGUAAACAGAAUUAAUACAAGCUAGUGAUGUGGUCUCAGUGGUUAGACUGCGCUUCAAAUAGCUGGUCAGGCAUUCAGACUGGGCUUGUAGAACAAGUUAGGAAAAAUAGUAGGAGCUACUGGCUGGUAAUGUUAGUGUGGUGGAGCGGAUUGCGUACGACUGCCUAUCUCUCACAACAUGUGGCUCAGAUGCAUUGGUAUGCGGACAGUCAUGGUUCCAGUGCCCCCUAAGUGGGGCCGUGGUAGGUGGGACUCGAAUGUGCAUAUUGCUUAUAUCUAAAUAGAUAACAUUUAACAGUGUAUUUAUGUGUAUCUGUGGCAAUUGAGCCUCAGUUAGCGAGCUAGAGUCUGCAGUAAUACACUAUAACUAAGAGGCGUCUACAUUUGCCUGGGUUAUAACUAUAACGUUUAUCUGACGCGUGAGGUGGACAAUAUAGGCUGGGGGAUGUUCGUGGGUGGGCAACAAAAUGAUAUAGAGCAGACCCGUAAGGUCCCCUGGGGUCCCCCAGGCUCGAGUCCUUCUUUGGGCUGACCGGCAUAGAGAUGAGUUGUCCCGGUUUCACGGCAUGGUGUAGUGUGCUGUGGUCGGUGUCCUGGUCGUGAGCCCAGGUAAGCAGUUUGCUUUGAAGCCUUCAACCUAUGCCUCGUUGGGACUGUGCUGGUCCCUGCCACGGGUGCCCCUGCUGUCGCAUUUCCUAGCGGUGAGGCUGAGGGCAUGGUGGAUGUCGUUUGGGUGAGUCGGUAGGCUGUGGUAUAGUUGCCCUUGUAGUAGGGGGUGCCCGUGGCUUGCCCGUGCUGUGUUUUGUUUGUGUUCGCCGUUUCGCCGCCCUGUUUAGGUGACAUGCCUGUUUGCCUCUCCGCUGCCUUCUCGUUGAUUUGGGCCUACUCAAGGGUGCCAUUUGUCGCUGUGGGUCGGGCGGUAGGUGGCAUGGUGGGUGUUUAGAGGUGGGUGGUAGCGGUGUCCCCUGUCUCAGUCUGUGCUCAAGCUUGAGCAAAUAUUUGUUCCAAGCUUGACAAGGGGGCUCGUUGUACUUCAUGUCCGCUCGCGGGUCGCGUGGUCUCCGCCAUCUUGGAAGGGCCUCGUGGCCCUCUUAUAUGUUCCUCGCUUGUGUGUGCCAUAGCUGGGAGGACUCCCAGUAGUGGACCGGGAUCACCCCCAGCGGUCCGGGGGGGUUGCGGGGUGCACGUUCACUGCAAUCGGCUCCCGAGCCGCUCCAGGUUGAGAGCUCGGCCGCCGCUCCCAUCCAGUGUGCACCCGGCCACAUGCCUUCGCGGCUAUAGCCUGCUGUCUGUCUUCUGCUCACGGGCCGCAUUACCGGUUUACCGUGUAGACCGAGGGUCAGUGUGUCGCUUGGGGUCAGUUUGUGCCGUGUCUUGUGGGUCUGAGAUGCUUUUUUAGCUAUUGUAGCUUAGUUCAGGAGGGAGCUUCAGCUAGGCACGUCUUCCCUCCAUGACAGUCAGGCCCCGCCCCCCUAUAAGAAUUAUAAUUUAAACAGAGUGUAGUGUUUUUCUGAUUUCUUUCAGAUGUAAUAUGCUUUGAAGUUGUUUUCCAAAUAUCUCUCAGUUGUAUAAAUGGCGUCUGCAUGGAUCAGGCACAUGUUAAAGCGGCACUGUCAUGCCGAACUUACCUUUCCCCAAUCGCUUCCUCUUCUCUCCCUCUCUCAGGAUCUGCUCUUCAUUUCUUCUCGUCUGCUCUAGCUUUCUUAAAAACAUAGGACAAAGUAGGGACUAUGUGUCUUAUUGAGGUUUCCUACACCUGACCAUCUCUGACCAGUGUACUUCAUUUCCGCUGGUCAGAGCAAUUUUCUCACAAUUCUCACCUUUUCUCCAUGUUCCCGCGAUGCAUUCUGUCACCUUUCCCGAACGUCCUGUCACUUAGACAGAACGCCGGCAAAGCUACCGAAUUGCGUCCUAGUUAUCUACCAGUAGGCUGAAAGACCUAAAUUGGUCUUUCAGGCAAAUUUACUAAUACUAAGUAAAUAUUACUUAGUAUUAGUAAAUGCUGCCCCUACUUGCUAUAUCGCGAAUAGGGGCAUGUCUACUAAACAGUGAGCCACCAUAGGAAUAAUGCUUUCCUGAGGGGGAAAUACUGAUGUGAGCAUGGCCAUUGCCAUGCAUGCGCAUUAGGUCUCCGGCGCUGGCGGAGCUGAGCCAGUGUCAAGGGACAUCAGCGUUGAACUCAGGUUAGUGACAGAAAGGGUCAUUAACCCUUUUUGCACCACGGGGGGAGGGGAGGGAAGCCUUGACAGUGGCAGAAGCUACAGUGCCAGGAAAACGAGUUUGUUUUCCUGGCACAAUAGUUUCCUUUCAAGAGUAAUGCUGGGGUCUGACGGACCCCAUAAAAGAUUCCUUUUUUUUAAGAUUAGAAAUGGUGUAUGGCUGUCAACAUGUUUUAUUGUUUGCAUAUGUAACUCUCCACUUCUGCAAGAUGUUUUUCACGCUUUGUGCUGUAUGGUACAAUUUAUUUUCGCUGACCUCUGAGUGUAAGUUAAAUCUAAUAUAAAUGUUUUACUAUGGCAGGUUUUCAUGUCAAAGAACAAACAUUGAUCACAGAAAAUGUACUGUAUAUUAAUAUGUUUUCAGCAAACCCGCCCCCCCCCCCCAAAAAAAAACACAUUUGCUAAAAAGGAAGGGAAAUCAUAAUAGUAGGCAAGCAUCUCAGAACGGUUUAAAUAAUUUUUCUGAUCAAUCCUGUUUGUUUGGUUUUGUUUUACAGAAUCUCUGCGGAAUCACAAGCAUUCUCUUUUGAAGCAAAAUGUUAAAGUUCAAGGGAACAUUGGAACUUCCUGCACUUCCUGUGAAAUAUUUGAAAUUCAAUACACCGAGCUCUUCAUCACCGAUGAGGACCAGAAUGAAGCUCCAAACCAGCAUGAAUACUUUACAUUAGCCAAUCGUCGGGCUCGGAUCUAUGAGCACAACAAACAUAAAAAAAUCAAGCUGACUGAUCUUAUUUCCCCAAACAAUCCAGAAUGCAGGGAGCCACGCAAGGUGCUGAUAACUGGGAUAGCUGGCAUUGGCAAGAGCUUCGCAGUGAGGAGGAUGAUGCAUGAGUGGGCAAUGGGAAUGGCUUUCAAAAAUGUCUCCUGUGCAAUGAAUUUUGCAUUGCGUGAGCUUAACUUAAUAGAAGGUCCAGUCAGCUUUCUUGACUUAGUCACACGAAACCAUAUUCAUCUUCAAGGUGUAUUAGAGGAACUGUGUAAGGAUCCUACAGACCUAUUGGUCAUAUUAGAUGGACUAGAUGAAUUCAAACACCCAAUCAACAAAGGAAAGAAGGUUGAUACCAUCACUGAACGGGUUCCUAUUCAAGAUCUGGUAUAUAGCCUCAUCAAUGGAACAUUACUGUCCAGAGCAUUCGUUGUGGUAACUAGCAGGCCCCACACAACCACUUCUUUGGUCAUGUUUGACCGAAAAGUGGUUAUCCUUGGUUUUGAUGAAAAGCAUGUGAACAAUUUCUGCUUGAGGUUCUUCAGAAACAGCGAACUAUCUGAGAAAGUCUACCAGUACAUCAUGCAGAAUGAUAACCUUUCCGGUUUGUCAUUUAUUCCACUCUACUGCUUCAUCAUCUGCACGGCACUCAAAGGCUUCUUCUCGAACAUCUCAGAGCCCUGCUCCACUGGCAAACCACCACAAACUAUGACUGAGGUUUAUUCCUGCUAUCUGUGUACCACCAUGCAUCAUCGCACAAAUAAAGAGACAUCCAAAACAAAUAAUACUGAGCAGGAGUCCAUUGUACUCUGCACUGAGGCAACUCUUGCAGAAAUGAAGGGCAUUCUUUGUCAGUUGGGAAAACUGGCCUAUUACUCAUUAUUGAAUAAUAAAAUUCUUUUUUAUGGAGAAGACCUCAAAAGAUUUGGGUUUGACCCAUCCCAAUUACCGGAUUCAUUUAUGAAUAGAAUUUUUGUGCACGUGGAAGGGAAAGGGCCCACCGAAAUGUUUUCAUUCUUUCACAUGACUAUACAAGAGUAUUUUGCAGCCCUGCACUGUGUGAUUUGCAUGUCUCCAGACCCUAAGGAACUUAUACAAUGCUUGGAUCUCUGGUGUUUUGGGAAUCAUCCACAAGAGCCGGUACAAAGUCAGCUCCUGUCUUCAUCUAUGAAAAUUAUAACUGCCAAGCAGUGGGAGAAUCUGGAAAUCUUCUCUAGAUUCUUCAUGGGAAUUCUCUCCAACAGAAUUGAAGGGAAAUUAAAGGGGCUGGUGGAUUGUCUGAGUGCUGAUAUUCUUGGUCCCCUUGCCAAAUGGUUUAAAGGAAAAAUUAAAUAUGCAGUCAAUCGGAGACUCCUAAAUCUUUUACAUUGCCUUAGGGAACUUCAGCGAAACACAGUAGUGGAAGAAGUAGCUCCUGACAUUGAUGAGGUCAACUUGUUCAAGGUUAUCCUAAACCCUGCGGACUGUGCUACACUCUGCUAUGUGUUGCAACAUUCCACCACCAGACUUAAAAUCUUAAACCUUGGCUACACGAAUAUUGGCAUGCAAGGGCUUCGAAGGCUACAGCCAUUGCUCCAUCGAUGCCAAACACUCCAGUGAGUAUUAGUUAAACAGUGAAAAAAGGAACUGUCACUUGGGAGAUAUUGACACUUUCUAGUAGCUAGCUAAAAGUUAACUUUUACCUGCCUUUUUGUUUUUCUUUAAACCUGUCGUUUGAUAUAUUAAGAAUUAUUGCAGUUUUCACAUAUUCCAAAAACGAGAUUUCUACAUAAGCCCUUCAUUUCCAUUCUGCAGUGUUUCCGUUUUAUGCAUUGGGUUUGCUGUACAUGAUGUCAUGAGUUACCAUUCUAAGAAUUUAAUUCAGCACUUCAGCUUUUACAGCAGAGAACUGACAAUUGAAUAUCAACUUUUAGAAACCAUUGUUUUGCCUUUAAACCUGUGCUUAUGACAAAUGCUAUAGAACGCUAUAGAAAGUAUAGCAUGGAUGAGUCACUUCCUGGGGUGGACAGAGGUCAUUGAAAACAUGCAAAAUGUAGAGUUUUGCAGAAAAUGCAGAAAUGUCUCUUUAUUUUUUAUGUGUAUCCUUUUUAUUCAAUCAUUUUCCCGCAGAAUUUGAAUGCACUCUGUAUUGCUUUUAAAACAGACAGAGUCUUGGAAUGUACCUAUAAGUACCUUUGACUCCUGGUUUGUGUACUUAUUCAUCCCUUAUCUUACUGCUGUAUGAUAUGCAAAGAAAUCCUUGUGUCUGCCAAUGAACCUGUGUAGACGGAGAUUACUAUCUGAUUUUUUAAUCUUUCUACCAUGAGUCAGUUCUAUAUCUUUUUUCAACUUAGAGUACACUGGUCAUAUAGGGCAGAAAGCUAUGUAUAUUAUACUAAGAGAAAAAUUGCUUUUUACAGCACAUUACACAUCAUUGCUUUAGUCUAUCCUACACAACAUUCAAAUGUGCUGGUCCAACCGCAAAUGUGCUGGUCUACUCGCAGUGUCGGUUUAAUGUUUUUGUGCACAAUUAUAGUUAGAACUAAAAAAAAAAAUUUUCUUUUACAUUUAAGGAAACCAAGCUUCAUUUUCGCGUCCCUUUUACGAUGAUUAUAUCCAUCUAUUUAACUUAUUUUUUUAUCUUCCUGUUAAGUACUGAUCAAUGGAUCGUAACUCAUAAGUCUGAGUAUUUCUUCUUUUAUCUUCAGUUUACGCUAUAAUUCUCUUGGCAAGGACGCUGCAAUCAUGGAGGCCGAUGUGCUAAAAUCUUCCACUUGUCAAGUUAAAUGCUUACUGUGAGUAUUGCUAGAAUUCAGAUCCCAUCAAUCCCAUCUGUUUCUCUCACCAUUCAGCAGCAUUUGUACUGCUUUAUUAAUUUCCUUAAAGAGGGGUGGAUACCUCCUAAUUACUGACUUGUCUCGAACUCCCGUUCUAUUAAACAUACUUAUAUCCAGAGUACUAUCAGGUAGUGUGUGUCGCCCUGUCAACAUCUUGCCAAUAUACAGGCAUCUUCUUCCUAUAAUACCAAUGUGACCUUUACGUGGAAAUAGCCUAUGUAAAAAAUAAAUAAAAAAAUAACUGACUUAAAAUAUUUUCACAUCUUGACUAUUUGGCUUAAAAUGUCAUUUUUUUCAUUUACCAUUACCAUCUACUAUUUGGUAGAUAGACACCAAAAUCAUAGAUUGUUCAGGGUGUAUGUUAGGUCCAAAUACCUUUCAAAUUGAAGUUAGAUACAUUAAGUUUCUGAAUUUGACACUUUAGGUACCAUCAUCACUUACUCUCCUUGCACAGAUGGUUGUGCCCCCCAUCCCUGUUUCAUUGAAUUUGGUUAAUUUAUGUCUGCAGUGAUUAACAAAAUUCAAUGUAGCUACAUGAUCCCUCUCGCACUCUGUGACAAUGCUGCGUGAAGAUAUGUAUCCCCCAACUGUAGGCUUGUAAAUUCCAUAAAAGUCAUAACUGAUUUGUGUGAACCAUCUCAUAACUUUCCAUGAGUGAACCUGAACAGACACUUGUAUGCAUGGCUGGCAGUGGCUUUAUUCUUAAAAAAAAAAAAGUAUUUCUGAAUAUACUAUCUUGUAUUUCGAUGUUCCUUGUGCAGGAUGUGUGGGAAUCAUAUUGGCUCUGAAGGUGUCCAACACUUAUGGGAAGCACUGAGUUCCAAUCAGACACUGGAAGAGCUGUAUGUGGACAUUACAGGAAUAACAGACAGCGGCCUAGAUAACUUACUUCCCUGUCUUACGAAGAACACAACUUUACGUCUGCUAACGUAAGUACAAUACACUCUGGGAUCCAAUGAGUACUAACCACAAAUGAGAACAAAAAAAAUUAUAGGAAUUUUAGAUCAACUAAGUCUUGCCUCUUAAUGUCUACAUUCUGGCUGAUAUUCUGGCCUAUUGUAAAGACUAUUUGAUGCACCAAUUUUAAGAUUAACCAAUAUGUCCCAUCAUGGCCUCAUGGAUUGAUAUAUUUUUGGAUAACCUUUUCAAAAUAAUUAAAAAAAAUUCAUGAUUUUUAAAAAAUAUGAAAAUAUCAAAAACUAUAUAAUAUAUUUAAAAUAUAUAUUUUAAAAAUACAUAUAUAUAUAUAUAUAUAAAAAUUUAUCCAAAAAUAAUGAAUCACUUGAAAAGCUUAUCCAAAAAUAUUAAAUUGAAACCAGUGUUGCUAGCGAAUUUACAGUAAAUAAAUGUUUUUCGUUAAAAAAUUUUAUAAAUAAAUAAACUUUUCUUUUUCUGCUCUCUACCACUUUGUUUUACGGUUUGUUUUUCUUUUCACCCCUUAACCUUAGGAUCGUAGGUAAUAAUUUGAGUGAAAGGAGCAAGCAGCUCUUGGUGACAGUGCAGAGACAAAAGCCCACCUUGAAGAUUCUCAGCAGUUUUCUAAGUGACAUGGGCCUUCUGCAGGCAUAUCUGGACUGGGUACAAGAUCUUAAAGAGGAUCCACAGCAAAUGGAGUCUGCAAAGAACGCAGACGCCUUGCGCAAUGUCUUGGCUGAACUUGGAAAGGAGGACCCUGGAAAGAAAGACAAGGAUCUUAUAGAAAGGAUUGAGAAGUUGAAGUUUGAAAUAAGCCGCAUCUUGCAAACGUCCCCCGUAGCUCAGUGA